GCAUUGAAAGCGGAAAAGAAGAGUGCAUGGAUUUCUUGAUGAUGAAGAAAUGCCGUCUUAAUUUAUGUAUAUCGCUUAUCGCUCAUCCCAUACUAGGUAGCUAGCUGAGACUUUCAACAACAAGAUGACCAUUGACCCAAGACACAUAUUCUUAUCACAGAGAGAAAAGAAGUGGGUUUGAGUUCACCAGAGAAUUUUCAGACUAUCUUUACCUUUGCCAUAUUGAUUAAGAGCAGAUAUCUCGAAGUUGAGUCGUCUAUGCAAGACCUUCACGGUAACAAAGCGCACAGCAACGCAAGAAGCCUAACCGAAAUGUUUCAAUGAUCUUCAAGGGCGUGAACACACAUAUCUCAACCUGAUCACUGCCCUCUCAUAUUUCCGACCAUGUCUUGAGUUUCGUCAAGCUCAACUUCCUUUUUCUAGGUAAUCUGUAGAUUCUUGGCAAGCGAGAUGACAUAACCAGCCUUCCUGGAGAUUGGUUGUAAGAACAACACAUCUGAUCCAUUUACCAAAGGCCGAAGGUGAAACUUGACCCACAUUUGUAUGUUACUGUCGUUUCUUGUCACAUUUGAAUCAAUCGUCCGCAAGACAUUUGACGAUUAGGUGGAAUUGCGGUUGUGCCAAAAGCCCGUAACAUCCCGGCCAAACGUAGAGCCCAGCCACAAGGGUCACGCACCUCUCUCAUGUAUCAACAAAACACUACCUACUCCCUUACUCUCUCUAAUAUCCUCAACUGCCAUUUGAUAGACAGACCUGCUGCCGGCUCUCGUUGAUGAACGUCGGUAUUCGCCCCCGCUUGAAAGCCCGACCGUCAUUGUAUGAUCUGAUUCGGAGUCGUGACAUUGAUAGCUUGUCUGUGGCCGUGCACCGCCCUAGCCUUCAAGAGCUUCAUCCAGAGCUCCCUCCACUUCCACCAUCACCCAGCUUUACUCUCUCACCACCUCCAACUCCCCAACAAUCAGUCAGGAUGCCUCCAAAGAAGGCAGCAAUUAAGCACGAUGAUGAUGAGCAAUAUGGCACCAUCUUCUCCGUCUCUGGACCCGUCGUGGUAGCAGAGAACAUGGUCGGAGUUGCAAUGUACGAACUGGUCCAAGUCGGGCACGAUAAACUCGUCGGCGAAGUCAUUCGAAUCGAAGCGGAUAGAGCGUAUAUCCAGGUUUAUGAGGAGACUGCUGGUGUUACUGUGGGAGAUCCCGUUAUUCGAACCGGAAAGCCUCUAUCUGUCGAGCUAGGACCUGGUUUGAUGGAAACUAUCUACGACGGUAUUCAAAGACCUCUCGCGGAAAUUGCCAAAGCUUCUAACAGCAUUUACAUCCCUCGUGGUAUUGCGGUUCCUGCGUUGAACAGAGAGAAGAGCUGGGACUUCAAGCCAUUGAUGAAGGUCGGAGACCACAUUACCGGAGGAGAUAUCUGGGGCACUGUUUACGAGAACUCUCUUUUGGACGACCACAAGAUAAUUUUACAACCAAGAGCUCGGGGUACCAUUACUCGAAUUGCGGAGAAGGGAAGCUACAAGGUUGAUGAGAAGAUCCUGGAAAUCGAAUUCGAUGGCAAGAAGACCGAGCAUAGUAUGAUGCACACAUGGCCCGUUCGUGUGCCUCGCCCAACGACCGAGAAGCUCGCAUCAGACAAGCCUUUCAUUGUUGGUCAGCGUGUCUUGGACGCCCUCUUCCCAUCCGUUCAAGGUGGUACUGUUGCCAUUCCAGGUGCUUUCGGUUGUGGAAAGACUGUCAUUUCUCAAUCAGUUUCCAAGUUCUCGAACAGUGAUGUCAUCAUUUACGUUGGAUGUGGAGAGCGAGGAAAUGAGAUGGCCGAAGUCUUGAUGGAUUUCCCAGAGCUAUCCAUUGAUAUCGAAGGCCGGAAAGAGCCUAUCAUGAAGCGUACUACACUGAUCGCCAAUACCUCUAACAUGCCUGUGGCUGCUCGUGAAGCUUCCAUUUACACUGGUAUCACCAUCUCUGAGUACUUCCGCGAUCAAGGAAAGGAUGUUGCCAUGAUGGCUGAUUCUACUUCCCGAUGGGCUGAGGCUCUUCGUGAAUUGUCCGGUCGUUUGGGAGAAAUGCCUGCUGAUCAAGGUUUCCCUGCCUACCUUGGUGCUAAGCUUGCCAGUUUCUACGAGAGAGCUGGAAAGGUUCAAGCUCUUGGUAGCCCAGACCGUGAGGGCAGUGUCAGUAUCGUUGGUGCUGUCAGUCCCCCUGGUGGAGAUUUUUCAGAUCCAGUCACAAGUUCCACUCUCGGUAUUGUGCAGGUCUUCUGGGGUCUUGACAAAAAGCUCGCCCAGAGAAAGCAUUUCCCUUCCAUCAACACUGCUCUCAGUUACAGCAAGUACACUACUGUUCUUGACAAAUUCUACGAGAAAGACUUCCCUGAAUUCCCCAGACUCCGAGAUCGUAUCAAGCAACUUCUCACUGACUCAGAAGAAUUGGAUCAAGUCGUGCAAUUGGUCGGAAAGUCUGCGCUUUCUGACCCCGACAAGAUUACCCUUGAUGUUGCUGGCUUGAUUAAAGAAGAUUUCUUGCAACAAAACGGUUACUCCGAUUAUGAUCAAUUCUGCCCUAUCUGGAAGACCGAGUGGAUGAUGAAGGCUAUGAUGGGUUUCCACGACGAGGCCCAGAAGGCUAUUGCACAAGGUGGUAACUGGAACAAGGUCCGAGAAGCCACUGGAGAUAUCCAAUCCCAGCUCCGAAGCAUGAAGUUCGAGGUUCCUGGUGACGGAGAGGAUGUCAUUGUGAAGAAGUAUGAGGAUCUCAUCCAAGCCAUGACGGACAAAUUUGCCUCUGUCACAGAUGAGUAAGCGAGCAUUGAGCUGGAAUUGAUGAGCAAAGGGAAGGAUGCAUUGCUUGCUUGGACUGUCCCACAGUAUUGUUGACUGAUUGAUGCCUGCCGAUAGACGCGAAU